AUGGGCUCAUCGCAAGAGUUUAACCCGACCUUGAUCUCAGAGUCUUCAGAAAUGCUCACUGAAGAGAAGCCCCGGGUUGACUCAGAGGCCUCUCAGAACUUCUCGGAAGUGUUAGUCAAGAACCUUCGCGGCUUGUCACUUGAUCCUGGAACCAAAUUACCUUCUCCUCUACCAGAAGAUUUACCCCAACAACGGGAGAGAAGAGAAAAAACCUUCCAGGACCUCAAAGCUGACCCUCCUUACAGGAGGAGAGGAGUAAGGACACUCUUAUCUGUGCAAAAAGAGAAGCUAAUAAAAUUGAGAUACCUGCUACUCAACAGAUUUUCUGAUAGGCUUUCUCCGAAUGAACCAAGAAGUCAACCAUUCAAGUGUGGCUGCAGUUUCUGUGUGUCCUACCGCUGGGAUCCUUCUGAGAACGCCAGAAUAGGGAAUUAUGAUACUGAGCUGACUUCGCCAUAA